AUGACCGUGCCCACCGCCGAGGCCCCCCAGCUCAGCUUCGAGACGCAGCAAGUGCACGCAGGACAGCGGCCCGACCCGACGACGAGGUCGGUCGGCGUCCCCAUCUAUGCCUCGACCGCCUUUGCCUUCGACAACGAGCAGCACGUCGAGGACCUGUGCACGUUCCAGACCAAGGGCUACCACUACAGCCGCGUCGCCAACCCGACCAACACGGUGCUCGAGGAGCGCAUCGCCAAGCUCGAGGGCGGCGUCGGGGCGGUCGCGGUCGCGAGCGGGCAGGCGGCGACGCUCGCCGCCGUCAUUGCGCUCGCUCGCUCGGGCGACAACUUCGUCGUCAGCAGCCAUCUGUACGGCGGCAGCUUCUACAUCUUCCGCCAUUUCCUGCCUCGCCUCGGCAUCACGGGCAAGUUUGUCACGUCGAGCGACCCGCGAGAGUUUGCCUCGCAAAUCGACGAGAACACCAAGGGCAUCCUCGUCGAGAGCAUCGCCAACCCGACGCUCGACCUGUUCGACCUACCUGCGCUCGCCGACCUCGCACACAAGGCCGGCGUGCCCCUCAUCGUCGACAACACGUUCGGCGCGGCGGGGUACCUCAUCCGGCCGGGCGACCUUGGCGCCGACAUCAUCCUGCACUCGGCGACCAAGUGGAUCGGCGGUCACGGCGCUGCACUCGGCGGCCUCGUCGUCGACAUGGGCAACUUUGACUGGGCGAGUAACCCUCGCUUUCCCGAGUUCUCCAAGCCCUUUCCUGGCUAUCAUGGCAUGAUCCUGACCAAGCAGUUCGGCCGCGCCGCCUUUGCCGCCAAGAUGAAGCUCGAGACGAUGCGCGAGAUGGGCGCGACCUUGUCGCCGUUCGCGACGCACUCGCUCCUGCAGGGCCUCGAGACGUUGACGCUCCGGGUCGACAAGCAGACGCAGAGCGCGCUGCGGCUCGCGCAGUGGCUCGAGGCGCACGAGGCGACGCUCUGGAUCUCGCAUCCCGGCCUCGCCUCGCACCCGUCGCACGCUCUCUUCAAGCGCUUCCUCCCACGAGGCAGUGGCGGCAUGCUCUGCUUCGCCCUCAAGCCCACUUCGUCCCGCUCGUCGACCGCCAUCGCGCGCGCCUUUAUCGACGCGACGCAGCUCGCCAUCCACGCGCCCAACGUCGGCGACGUCAGGACGCUCGUCCUGCAUCCGCAGAGCACGACGCACCGCCAGUUGACGCCCGACGAGGCGCGCGAGAACGGCAGCACGCCCGACUUGAUCCGGGUCAGCGUCGGGAUCGAGGACGUCGACGACAUUAUCGCCGACUUUGCGCAGGCAAUCGAGGUCGUGACUAAGGGUGCGACGUAG